CUUCCGGACUCCGAUUUUAGACUUCGCUCAGAAAGCAGCAGCUCCAGUGGAGGUUCAGGCUGUCAGCUAGCACGGUAGCCAUACAAGGCUUCAUGACAGAGGUUACCGAGUUGACCAGCGGCAUCCCAACAGACAAGCCUCGCUCGGCGCCACUGCACACUGGACACCGCACACCGCUGCCCUGCUCUCCUCCGCUCGCCUUCGUAGGUCAAAGUCACUCAAUGCCUGCACUCCCGCUACCAGCUAAGAUCUGACUGUGUUACUGCCACUUCAUGAUCCGAGCCAGCUGAGGAUCAAAAUAAGGACAAACGCUCAAAGUUUGUAUUUUCACCGGCUAGGAUCCAGCAGCUGGGACGGGCCCCGGGGACAGCGACGGGACUCGGGGACCAGGCAGCCAGGGCAGCGAGGGUGGUGGCCGGAUAAACUAGGGGGUCGCCUCCAGCUCCUGGUGGAUUCAUCCCCUGCCAGCUAACGUUAGCUAAGCUAGCUACAGACGGCACCAUGGACUGGUUAAUGGGGAAGUCGAAGACGAAGCCAAAUGGAAAGAAGCCUCCUGCAGAAGAGAAGAAGCAGUACUUGGAGCUGGAGUACACAAAAAUCCGUGUUGUGGACUUUGACCUCAAGGAGCUGGUGGUGCUUCCCAGAGAGAUAGACCUCAACGAAUGGCUAGCCAGCAACACGACGACGUUCUUCAAUCUUAUCAACUUGCAGUACAGCACCAUCUCAGAGUUCUGCACUGGGGACACCUGUCAAGCCAUGACAGCCUGCAACACAAUAUACUACUGGUAUGACGAGAGGGGGAAGAAGACGAAGUGCACUGCUCCACAAUAUGUUGAUUUCGUAAUGAGUCUCUGUCAGAAACUGGUCACAGACGAGGAGAUCUUCCCUACAAAAUACGGCAAAGAGUUCCCCAACUCUUUUGAGUCCUUGGUAAAGAAGAUCUGCCGGUACCUGUUCCACGUGCUGGCUCACCUCUACUGGGCGCACUUUAAAGAGACAGUGGCUCUGGACCUGCAGGGCCACUUGAACACUCUGUAUGCACAUUUCAUCGUUUUCGUAAGGGAAUUCAGCCUGGUCGACCCCAAGGAGACCUGUAUCAUGGACGACCUGUCUGAAGUCCUUUGCACCCCUGUCCCGCCACCCGCGCCCACCCCAGCACCUUCCGCCCCAGCCUCAGCGCCCUCCCCUUCUUCACAAAACCACGUGACGGAGAGAUGAGCGGGUCGGCUAUGAGACGGCAGCCCCGGGGGUGAUAGAAGAUAAGAUAGAGAGAAGGAGAGAGAGCCUGGCCCCCUUCCUCGGUGCCAGCAGGACUUACAGACCUUCCACGACCCUUAUGUUUCGCCAUGGCACCAACCAACAAGCUGGGGGGAAGGGGGGGGGAAGGCGGGGAGGGUUUUUCUGGGGGGGGGCGGGGGGGUUUGGGGUGGCGGAGAGGGAUUUGUCGCGCCAGCAGGAAUUGGCGUGAGCAUUCCUCCCAGGGGCAAAUCCUCUCCUCUCUGCAAUUUAAAAGUAGGAACAAAAAAGUAUGUGUAUGUUUUAUUUUUUGUUUAAUUUCACUUUUGUUGAAGUUUUUAUUCAGUUUUUAUUUUUUGUUGUGGGUGGGGUGGGGGGGGCGAGGGGUGCAGUGUGUCCUUCACCUCCCUCUGUCCUCUGCCUAACAGACAGUACAGGAAGGGGGCUCUGCUUUGCUUCAACCGACUAUUGUACAGUGUUGUUGAUGUGUGGAGGAGAAGCGGCUCUGCUCUGCGGGCUCGUCCUGCAGCCGUACGGCCACUACGCUGGCCAGUAGGGAGCCACGUUACUGCCAUGACGGGGCGAUGCUAGCCAAUCACUGUUUGGGUUGUUUAUGCGGGGGUGGGAGGGUCAAAGCGCGUCCUACUCAGGACCUGAGAGAACACGUCACUGCUGCCAGAGAGACGCUACUCUCUCAUUUUCCAUUCUCUGUCCCUUGUUCACCGGACUGCUCAGUCCUUCAUAUGACAGAUGCUAAUCGUGUUUAACUACAGUAUAGUCUCAUAACGUACCCCUAACAAACAUGUCCUAGCGCCGACCUGUAGAGGGCAGCAAACAUGAAGACAACGCCACAAAGACAAGGAGACGGAGAAGAAAAUCAGAAGAUUGUGCGUUAGGUAUUUAAUCUGAUCAGAGUUGAUACUUUGAGGCAGACUGGUGCCCGCGUGAGGCUGAAUCAGUGUUGUUUGCCGGUGUUCUGCACAUCAGCAUUCCCCUGCACCAACACCACCACCACCACCACCACCCACCCCCCACUCCAGCAGCACAGAAGGACAAAGACAUGAGGUAAUGUCUGCAGGCCCAGAGAGGCAGUGAUGGAGACAGGAAGAGGGCUGGGAGUAGACGGUGUGGAGCGGCUCACUCAGUGUAAAACUAAAAACCUCCACUUCUGGUUUAUUGUUUUUACCGGUCCCCAUAAGAUUUGCUUUUUUUUCCUCAAUUUUCUUUUUUUUUUUAAAGAUUAUAAGAGGAAAAUUUGUUCAGAAAUAACAAUACUGGUAUCAUUACAGAUGUAUAAAAAAUGCAGUCUGCUCGGACUGUACAAAGAAUCGCAAGGGGGGUUCUGUCAGACAGCCUCUGUGUGGAGGAGGAUUGGGUUUAUAGUUCUCCUUUUUUUUUUAAUUUAUUUUAAUUUUUUUUUGCAGGGUUCUUCAGUUCUGGCUCUCGUUUUUAUGUAUUUUAAUUAUUAACUAAGUUAAAAGCAAUUUAAUAUUUUAAGCUCUGCAGAUCAUAAUCUAAUAAAAGAGAGAAAUGCCA